UGACAGCUUCACUGGGCAUCUGGGCUGGAUCUCUGCUUGCUGAGGCAGCUGGUGGGAGGCGACUAGAUGAAGCUGUAAAUCAUGCUCCUCCAGAUACGCGUUGCAAAAACCAGUUAAAAAGAGGUCCCAGUAGUCUCUGGUACAAGCAAAGGAUCCAGUCACAGGGUAAACUACAUCUCUGCUGUCUGAAUUUUCCAAAAGGUUGGUAGCCCAGUAUGUGUAAGGUUUCUUGAAGUAAUACUUUUUCAAGAAACAGAAGGCUAAAGACAACAACCAGCAAGUACAACAAUAGGCAAAUACAAUUUCUUACCCUGUGUUGUUCUGGCACUUGUUCGAAGAGUUGGUGAGGGUUUGCAUUGCUGAUGGUGCUCGUCUGUUUUUGUUCUUGCCGCUAAGCACUUACCUAUGAGAACCUGUCUCUGAACAUACCUCCACAGAAAACAAAGCAGGUGGUGUGCACCUACACAGUAGAUGGGAUGUAAGCUUAACUCGAAAUCAAGAAAUAUGAUGGGGUAUGUACAUUUGAUAUUCCUAUCUACCUUCCUCUUGGUUUCCGUGACAUCAGAAUCAUAUGAUGCAAUGGAAAGUGAGGCUUUAGUUGUAAGAUGUCCCCUACGAAAUUCAGCUGUGAAAGUCACCUGGUAUCACACAGACACUAAGAAAAUAAUUCCUGAAGAAGAAGAGGGAUCACGAAUAUUUUCAUUAGGAAGAUUUCUUUGGUUUCUGCCAAAUUCUGUAGAAGAUUCUGGAAACUAUACUUGUGUUACACAUUACCCGAAUAAUAGCACAAAAGAGUUCAACAUGAGCGUGAAGGUGCAUCCAUACAAGGAAGGAAUAUGUUUCCCAAGCCGGAUACUUUAUCCAAAUGACACUAGAAGAGGAAGAAUUGUUUGUCCUACAUUUGACAAUUAUAAGAAUGCUACUAUGAUCCAGUGGUAUAAGGAUUGCAGACCUCUUCAGGGAGAGAGAUAUUUGAAGAAAGAUAAAUAUAUUUAUAUUAGUGACCUGACAAAGGAGGAUGAUGGUUAUUAUACUUGUCAUUUUACCUACACUCACAGAGGAAAUGUGUUCAAUGUAUCAGCUACAAGGAUCUUUAUAAGUGAAGCAAAACACCUGUCUCUACCUGCUCAAAUUUUGUUUCCAAAAGAUAAAGAUGUGAUAGAAGUAGAGCUUGGUGCUCCUUUGUCUCUGAAAUGUCAGGCCCGUCUGGGGAUUAAGAAACAGCCUAUAGAUGUUGUCUCCUGGGAUGUGGAUAAAAACCCAGUAAUAUACACAGAUACUUCAAGAUUUCAUGAAGAAACUCAUUUUUUUGAAGGACAAGCACGAGAAUAUUACAAAGAGGCAACUUUGCACAUCACUGAAAUAAAAGAGGAGGAUCUGCAGUCAAAUUUCACAUGUGUAGUGAUGAAUGAAAUGGGAAAUACAAGGGCCACGGUGACAUUACAACUCAAAGCACAAUCAGAUCAUCAUAAUGUCCUCAUGAUCGUUGGAUUUCUAGUUCUGCUAGUGAUAGUAGCAGUCCCUGUUGUACUUUAUCAGUUCUUCCGAAUUGAUAUUGUCCUAUUUUAUCGGGAGAUAUUUCAGCCAUACUCAGUCAAAGAUGAUGGGAAGAUAUAUGAUGCAUAUGUGAUCUACCCCAGAAGAUACAGCAAUGAAGCUAAUUUUGUGGAAUAUUUUGUACACCAAAUUAUGCCAGAUAUUCUAGAAAAUAAAUGUGGAUAUAAAUUAUGCAUUUAUGGAAGAGAUACAUAUCCUGGAGAAGAUAAAGCCAGUGCAAUUGAGAACAGGAUACAGAAGAGCAGACGACUGAUCAUCCUUCUAACACACCAGCUGCUUAAUUGUAAAGAAUUCGCUUAUGAUCAACAUGUUGCUUUAUACAAUGCCCUCAUUCAAAACAAUACAAAGGUGAUCCUGCUGGAAAUGGAGAUGAUGGAGACGUAUGAGACUCUUCAGGAAUCUCUUAAAUAUAUCAUCAAGAAACAAGGUACUGUCAAAUGGAAAGAGCAGCACACUGUGCACCCACAGUCAUCCAAUUCUAAGUUCUGGAAACGUGUGAGGUACCUUAUGCCACUGAGACUCAGAUCGUCAUGCUCAGUUAAUGCUGGAUGAACAGUCUGUCUAAGAAAGCUCUAGUAUGCUGUCAGGUCAAACCAUAUACCUGCAGCUUCUUUUGCUUUCGGUAGGAACAUUAUUUUGCAGUUUGGAUGUCUGGCUGCAUUUUUUUUUUCACUUUUUUUUUUUUUAGUCCUUCAAUUGAGUAGUGAUAAAGUAAACUGAUGGAGGAAGGUCUUUGGGGCUGAGGGAAGUCUGUGGAGCUUUGAAAAUUUUGCAAAUGAAUUAUUCCAGAUGGUGUACAAAAUUUUGCAUAUCAUUGGAAACAAACCUACCUCUACUCUUCCUAUAUGUACUUGGAUAUAUAACUGAAAGUUUUGAUUCUGAAUAGUUGAAUAUUCUGCAGGUUUACUUUACCUUUCUAAUGUGGUUGAUCAAACAUAAACACCUUCUAUAUUACUUGACUAGAAAGCAUAAUGUUGCAGUUUUCUUCAUUUUAUCCACCAUGUGUUUGUUUUUGCUUCAAUAGUCAUACUUCUAUCACAAAAUUUUAUUUUCCUUAGUAGGGAUGCUUCAGUAAAAGCUCUUUUGAGACUAAUGUGAGUAGAACAUUUUUAAAAAAUGCAGUGUUAAGGAAAGUGCGUACAUACAGAUUGACUGACAUAUAUAUGCAUUUAUAUAUACAUAAAUAUAUUUAUGUAUACAUAAAUGAAUCUCAUAAAAGGGGAAAUUGUCUUACAGAGCUAUUAGAAAGUGAUUUUGAGAUUAAAGAUACACAUAUAUAAAUUCUUAUAGCUAGUAGUAUUUUAAAUCUUUCAGGCAUGAUAGACCAUACUGUUACUACUACUGCCUGAUACAAAUAACAUUUUAAAAUUUACAUUAUCUAAAUAUAUAUAUAAUGUACAUGCCUAGUGUUCCUUUAAGCUACUGAAAAAAAUAGAGACUUACUGCAAUUUUAUAACUUCCAGUAUCCAUUUUUUUAUUUUUUCCUGCUUUGAUAUUAUGCCUGGUUUUACUUUGUUCUGACAGAGAAUAGCCUGAGAUGCAAAGGUCAGAGUAAAAUCCCCUCUGAGUGCAGGGGUGCAUGAUCAAAGCAUGUUCUAGUGCAUAUAUCCUUGGGAAAUUUAAUCUUUUUGGGUUCUAAAAACAGGAAUUUUCUUACAGUCAGUGAAGGUUUAUUUUUGAGCUUCAGAUCAGCUACAGAGAUAGACUUGAAAAGAGAAAAAUCAGAUGCAGAAUAUCUAAUAUUACCAAGUGCUUUUAUUGUACAUUGUAGGUUUUUAUUGAAUAUGAAACUUCAGACUUAUGGAUGGCUAUUUGGAAUAGGAAGAACAUGUAUGAAAUACAUGUAUAGAUUUUUCUUUCAAUGUGAAAUAAAGGUCAAUGUCAAACUAAA